CUAUGUGCCCAUAGCCACAUAAGUUGCGUAAAGCAUGAUUGAGAACAUGCUCCUUCACAGGUCUUGAGGUUCAUUAGACGCUGAUUCACUGUGAGCUGUUGGACAAUGAUGAGUCGGGACAAAUCACGAGUAGAGGUGCUGCUGGAGGAUCCACCAUCAUAGAGCUUAGUUUUCUCAAUAACAAGUUAACUUUCAGUAGUUGUUUCGAUGCCCCACCACAAAAGAUCCGGCAUUAUCUUGAAAGGGCCCAAUGGCGUUAUCAAAAUUUUUGCUACCCACUCUGCAUGAAAACUCUGAAGGGUUACCUUAAAAGAAGAGGAAAUCAAGUCAACAGGAAAGUGAAACCCAGAGUCAGACUAAUUCAGAAAGCAAACACAGAUUCUGGCGGGUCUCGGGUGAGUUGUUUGGCAACAGGAUUUUACCCUCGUCACAUCAACCUGACUUUGUUUGGAGAUGGGCAGCCUGUAUCUGAUCAUGAGAUCACUGGAGGAGAUCUGCUGCCCAAUGGUGAUGGGACGUACCAGAUGAGGAAGAGUCUGGAGAUCAGUGCAGAGGAACAGAGAGAGAAACACAAUUACACCUGCUCUGCUACACACCUCAGUCUGGACAACAAGAUGGAUGUAAUUUUGGAGAAUCCAGGGGAAACAUUUGAGCAGGAAGUUGUCUUUGUGCCUGUGGUUGUGCCAUUGGUGUUGGUAGCUGCCUUAAUUAUAUGGUGGAGAAAGUGCAUUAGAGCUUCCUCUUCAAGUGAAUACUCUGCUUCUAGUAAGUAUUUUCUGUGUAUUUUAUGUAUUUUUGUAGUUGAUGUGUGUUUAUAAAAUAAUCUCAUUUAACAGUUAAAUGUUUUACAAUUAAAUUCGUGAUUUAGGAUUUUUGUUGUUAUUGUACCCCAAGAAUAUAACCGCACAUUUUAUGUAAUUAAAUAUUUUUGACCUAUUGAUUAAAUCUGAAAUUCUUUUUCAGCUACUGAAGACAGUGUAGAAUUAUCAUAAAAGUUUAUAGGUAAAAUGCAUGCCAUAAUUUGAUAUAAAAAAGUCUGUCUUAGAAUGUUUUUCUUUCUUUCUUUUUUUUAUGCACACAAUGCCCAUAGAAAACAUCUAAUGGAGUAUGUAUUUAAAGGCCAAAAAAAGUGCAUUAAUGUGUUAUGUAAAAAAUGUCUCAUAAAUGGUGAAGAAUUAAUUGUUUUCAAUAGCUUUUUUAUGAUUUUGCUAUGUUUACAUUUAAUGUUUAAACUGUCAGUGAAAUAUAUGUUUGGAACUGGAUGUGUUUUAGAAAUAGAAACAUUUUGGACAA